AUGGCUCAGCAACUCGCGAAGAAGGACGAUGACCGCGACGAUGAAGCCGAAUACUCGCCUUUUACGGGAAUUGAAAAGGGGGCGGUUCUUCAGGAGGCAAGGGUUUUUAAUGAUCCACAACUAGAUGCUAGGAGAUGUUCACAGGUUAUUACAAAGCUCCUAUACCUACUGAAUCAGGGAGAGACAUUUACAAAGACGGAAGCCACAGAAGUUUUCUUUGCUGUGACUAAGCUUUUCCAGUCUAGAGAUAUGGGAUUAAGGAGAAUGGUCUACCUGAUGAUAAAGGAGAUCUCUCCCUCUGCAGAUGAGGUUAUUAUUGUCACAAGCUCUCUUAUGAAGGACAUGAAUAGCAAGAUUGAUAUGUAUAAGGCAAAUGCCAUUCGAGUGCUUUGUCGUAUUACAGACGGAACCCUUCUUACCCAAAUUGAGCGGUAUAUAAAACAAGCAAUUGUAGAUAAGAAUCCAGUUGUUGCAAGUGCUGCCUUAGUUAGUGGCAUUCAUCUACUCCAGACGAAUCCUGAAAUUGUAAAAAGGUGGAGUAAUGAGGUUCAGGAAGCUGUUCAAUCGAGAGCAGCUCUUGUACAGUUUCAUGCACUGGGUUUGCUACACCAGAUACGACAGAAUGAUCGGCUAGCUGUUAGCAAGCUGGUUACCAGCUUGACAAGGGGAACUGUUCGCUCACCUUUAGCCCAGUGCCUGUUGAUUCGUUACACAAGUCAGGUUAUCCGCGAAUCAGGAAAUAAUACAGAGUCAGGGGACCGCCCCUUCUAUGAUUAUCUUGAGAGUUGCCUUCGUCACAAAUCAGAGAUGGUGAUUUUUGAAGCUGCCAGGGCUAUUACAGAGCUCAAUGGUGUAACGAGCCGAGAAUUAACUCCAGCAAUUACCGUUCUUCAGUUAUUCUUAAGUUCUUCUAAGCCAGUUUUAAGAUUUGCUGCUGUCCGCACCUUGAACAAGGUGGCAAUGAUACACCCAACAUCAGUUACUAACUGCAACAUUGACAUGGAAAGUUUAAUCUCUGACCAGAACAGAAGCAUUGCCACUCUUGCUAUUACUACACUUUUGAAGACAGGAAAUGAAUCAAGUGUGGACCGUCUUAUGAAGCAGAUUACAAAUUUCAUGUCUGAUAUAGCCGAUGAGUUCAAAAUUGUUAUUGUUGAAGCAAUAAGAUCAUUGUGCCAGAAGUUCCCGUUAAAAUAUAGAUCUCUGAUGAACUUCCUGAGUAACAUUCUUAGGGAAGAGGGUGGUUUUGAGUACAAAAAGGCAAUUGUAGACUCAAUUGUGAUUCUCAUUAGAGAAAUCCCUGAUGCAAAGGAAACUGGGUUGCUUCAUCUUUGUGAGUUCAUUGAAGAUUGCGAGUUCACUUAUCUGUCUACACAGAUACUACACUUCCUAGGAAUUGAAGGGCCAAAAACAUCAGACCCCAGCAAAUAUAUUCGUUUCGUUUAUAAUAGAGUACAUCUUGAGAAUGCAACAGUUAGGGCCGGUGCUUUGAGCACACUGGCAAAGUUUGGUGCUGCAGUUGAUGCAUUAAAGCCGCGCAUAUUUGUUCUGCUAAGGCGAUGCCUUUUUGACAGUGACGAUGAGGUCCGUGAUAGAGCAACGCUAUAUCUAAACACACUUGGAGGUGAUGGUUCUGUUGUUGAGACGGAUAAUGCUGUAAAGGACUUUCUGUUUGGGCCAUUUGAUAUCCCACUUGCCAAUCUGGAGACUAGUUUGAAAAAUUAUGAGCCUUCAGAAGAGGCUUUUGACAUUGACUCAGUGCCCAAGGAAGUAAAAUCUCAGCCACUUGCAGAGAAGAAAGCCGCUGGGAAAAAGCCAACUGGUUUGGGUGCUCCUCCAAGUGCUCCCUCUUCAACUGCUGAUGCCUACCAGAGGAUGCUUUCGUCUAUUCCAGAGUUUGCUAACUUUGGCAGCCUGUUUAAGUCCUCAGCACCUGUGGAGCUCACUGAAGCAGAGACAGAAUAUGCAGUUAAUGUCAUUAAACACAUUUUUGACAGGCAUGUCGUGUUCCAGUACAACUGCACAAACACGAUACCAGAGCAAUUAUUAGAGCAUGUUAUUGUAUUCGUGGAUUCUUCAGAGGCAGAUGAAUUUUCAGAGGUGUUCUCCAAGCCUCUCAAGUCUCUUCCUUAUGAUUCACCAGGACAGAUUUUUGUGGCAUUUGAGAAGCCCGAGGGUGUGCCAGCACUUGGAAAAUUUUCUAAUGUUCUGAAAUUUAUUGUUAAAGAGGUUGACCCAACCACUGGUGAGGCUGAAGAUGAUGGUGUUGAAGAUGAAUAUCAGUUGGAGGAUCUGGAGAUUGUUUCAGCAGAUUACAUGUUGAAAGUAGGGGUAUCUAAUUUCAGGAAUGCAUGGGAAAGCAUGGGCCCUGAUUUCGAACGGGUGGAUGAGUACGGUCUUGGUCCUAGGGAGAACUUGGCUGAAGCUGUAAAUACUGUCACCAACCUUCUUGGCUUGCAGCCCUGUGAGGGUACCGAGGUUGUUCCACCCAAUUCAAGAUCACACACAUGUUUGUUGUCGGGUGUAUUCAUAGGUAACAUAAAGGUGCUUGUGCGGUUGUCUUUUGGACUUGAUGGUCCAAAGGAUGUUGCAAUGAAAUUGUCCGUCAGAUCCGAGGAUGAAACUGUCAGUGAUGCCAUUCAUGAGAUUGUAGCUAGCGGAUAA